AUGAAUGACGUUAAAGAGGGAUUGAAAGAUCAAAAUUGCCGCCGUCCAAGCGGAGUAGAUGCAUCUAAGAGCCAGGUUGUUCAACAGCAAAAGAAAAUCUCCGGCAAUGGUUCCUCACAUGGCAAGAAUACAGUGGGAUUCUCUCAGAGAAAAAAAGGCAACGGGCCGGUAGAUGUUUGUGGUCUCGACCUGGUUAGAGAGGGGUGGACAAGGGGGGGCAGCGUUGAGUCAAAGACGCCUAAACCUGAUCUUUGUCACGGUGGGGCAGCCAUAGUAUCACUCCAGGAGCCUGUAGAAGGAUCAGACAGCCCAGACAGUGCAGCAUGCCGGCAUCAGCUAACGAGACGAAACACGAUUUGUGAGAUGCGACUUGCCAGAGCCGGGAAUUGGUCAACGCUACCCUUGGCUAGACAAAUUCCACGUUUUGCAGAAAGAGAUGCAGAAAAUGACAUGAUUUGGCUAGUCCAGAAUGUAGCUCCCAGCUUCUCGCUACGACUUGAACACUCACAGAUGAAUGUAAGAAAGAUAUGGCAUUGCUGGCUGGUGGUUGGUUGGUUAACGUUGGUGCCCAGACCUUUGGAAGCAACUUCGCAGGGGGUGCUAAUUUUUAAGGGCGCUUUGAGGACGCAUGUCGACAGAUUGGCUGGGGACGAAACAGAAACCCAACAACAAUAUCAUCACAUUGACAGGUAG